AUGGAGGGGUACGGCUACGAGCACUUUGGUGCAGACGGAGCCGCCCAGAGCCAGGAGGUGGAUUAUCGGAGGAUUGUCGGAGACACUCAGCCCCCGCGUGGCGGCGUGUCACCCAGGGAAGGCGAGUGUUACGUCCGUCAAACCUCGCAUGGCCAUGGCCACGAAACCGCGGCACAGCGAUACAGUGCCACGCGCAUCCAGGCCGGACUGGGCCCAGAGAGUGAAGAGCUAUGCUCUAAAGGAGAUGGGUUGACUUACAAUGACUUCCUGAUACUACCGGGCUUCAUCGACUUCACCUCAGACGAAGUGGACCUGACGUCGGCGCUGACCAGGAAGAUCACGUUGAAGACCCCUCUGAUCUCCUCCCCCAUGGACACGGUCACAGAGUCAUCUAUGGCUAUCGCUAUGGCGCUUAUGGGCGGCAUCGGCAUCAUUCACCACAACUGCACACCAGAGUUCCAAGCCAACGAGGUCCGCAAGGUUAAGAGGUUUGAGCAGGGUUUCAUCACGGACCCCGUCGUGAUGAGUCCGCGCCACACAGUCGGCGACGUGUUUGAGGCCAAAGUGAGACACGGCUUCUCCGGUAUUCCCGUCACGGAGACGGGCAAAAUGGGCAGCAAACUGGUGGGCAUCGUCACGUCCCGAGACAUCGACUUCCUGUCUGAGAAGGACCGCGGCAAACCUCUGGAGGAGGCCAUGACGAAGAGGGACGAGCUGGUCGUGGCUCGGGCCGGCGUCACUCUGAAAGAAGCCAAUGACAUCCUGCAGCGCAGCAAGAAAGGAAAGCUCCCCAUCGUGAAUAGCGACGACGAGCUGGUGUCCAUCAUUGCCCGGACGGAUCUGAAGAAGAACCGCGACUACCCGCUGGCCUCCAAGGACCCCCGCAAACAGCUGCUGUGCGGCGCCGCCAUCGGCACCAGAGAGGACGACAAAUACAGACUGGACCUGUUGGUGCAGGCCGGCGUGGACGUGGUUGUCCUGGACUCUUCACAAGGCAACUCGGUGUAUCAAAUUAACAUGAUAAAUUAUAUCAAGCAGAAGCAUCAAGAACUGCAAGUGGUGGGAGGAAACGUGGUCACAGCAGCUCAGGCCAAGAAUCUGAUCGAUGCUGGUGUGGAUGCUCUGAGGGUCGGCAUGGGCUGCGGCUCCAUCUGCAUCACGCAGGAAGUCAUGGCGUGCGGGAGGCCCCAGGGCACCUCGGUGUACAAGGUAGCCGAGUACGCCAGGCGCUUCGGCGUACCGGUCAUCGCCGACGGCGGCAUUCAGACUGUAGGCCACGUGGUGAAGGCGCUGUCUCUCGGAGCAUCGACUGUGAUGAUGGGCUCGUUGCUAGCGGCAACAACCGAGGCUCCGGGGGAGUACUUCUUCUCAGACGGCGUGCGGCUGAAGAAGUACCGGGGCAUGGGCUCCCUGGACGCCAUGGAGAAGAGCACCAGCAGCCAGAAACGCUACUUCAGCGAGGGCGACAAUGUGAAGGUGGCGCAGGGUGUGUCGGGCUCGGUCCAGGACAAGGGCUCCAUCCACAAGUUUGUACCUUACCUGAUAGCUGGCAUCCAGCACGGCUGCCAGGACAUCGGGGCAAAGAGCCUUUCUGUCCUCCGUUCCAUGAUGUACUCCGGGGAGCUGAAGUUUGAAAAGAGAACCAUGUCGGCACAAGUGGAGGGAGGCGUUCAUGGGCUACACUCUUACGAGAAGCGGCUCUUCUGAGCUGGCGGGGGAGGGGAGGAUGGCGUGCAGCUCAUCGACGCACGUCCAACUGUGACCAAAUGUUAAUACACGCACCACCCGCCACGCCCUCUCUGCCCUCUCCUCCGUCGUACCCACCCAUCCCAGCCGGCCGUCCCCUUUGGAGGAACGAGACACUGCGGCGUAGCGAGGACCCUCGAACCGACGCCCUCUGAACACCUGGGAUUUUUUUUUUUUUGGGGGGGGGGGGGGUUGGGGGGCUCGCUAAGUGGCGCGUCAGGUUUUUGGGAAAGGCACAGCUGUAUCUAGAGUACGUGGUCGGUAGUGAGCGGAUGAACUGUGUGUGUGUGUGUGUGUGUGGUAAAUCAAGGGUAACGUGUGACUGAGUUAAUAAUGUGUGUCGAGUCAACAAAAGUGAAGGUGCACUGUGUUUACUUGUUGUUAUCCCCCCCCCCCC